AUGGCCCCUAGGGCGUCCACAGGUGGGAUGGAGGGGGAGCCCUCCGAUUUUGGCUUCGCUCCUCAUCACACGCCUGUAGCCAUAGACAGCUUUGCACUACGGGAGCAGCGCAGGAGUUCUGGUCUUCUGAAGGAGGCUGCUGCAAAGUCUGCGGAGCAUCGCAACUGGCUGGAGCAGCCAUACUUUGCUCUUCCACUUUCCUGUGAUGACGAGGACAAGGGGACAUUGGAUUGCCACGGGGACAGCUCCUGCACCUCUGCAGCCGAGAAGGAGAUGGGAGGAGCAGAACAAAGGGAGAAGCAAUACCGAGCCCAUAAGGGAUUUGGGGAUCGCCGUGGCGGGGUCAUCAGCGCCCGCACAUAUUUCUACGCCGAUGAGGCCAAGUGCGACCAGCACAUGGAGACCUUCCUCCACUGCAUCGAUGCCUCGGGUGGCAGCUCGGAGGACGGCUUCUCGGCCAUCAAGCUGACAGCGCUGGGCAGACCCCAGUUCCUGCUGCAGUUCUCGGAGGUGCUGGUGAAGUGGCGGAGGUUCUUCCACCAAAUGGCUGCAGAGCAGGGCCAGGCUGGGCGGGCAGUGCUGGAGAUGAAGCUGGAAGCGGAGAAGCUGCAGGAGGCCCUGGCCAACCUCGGCAUCGCAACCAAGGCGGAGAGCCAGCACUGGUUCACGGGCGAGAACCUGGGCAUGAGCGGCACUGUGGACCUGCUGGACUGGAACAGCCUGAUCGACAGCCGCACCAAGCUCUCCAAGCUGCUGCUCGUCCCCAACAUGCAGAGAGCCACGGAGAAGGGUGUGAGGCUGAUGGUGGACGCGGAGCAGAGCUACUUCCAGCCAGCCAUCAGCCGCCUCACCCUGGAGAUGCAGCGCCGCUUCAACAGCGAUCGGGCCAUCAUCUUCAACACCUACCAGUGCUACCUGAAGGAAGCUUAUGACAAUGUGACGGUGGAUGUGGAGCUGUCACGCCGGGAGGGCUGGCGCUUCGGCACCAAGCUGGUCCGGGGUGCCUACAUGGAGCAGGAGCGGGAGAGGGCGGCCCAGAUCGGCUAUGAGGAUCCCAUCAACCCCACCUACGAGAAGACCAACGAGAUGUACCACAGAUGCCUGGACUACAUCUUGGAGGAGAUCAAGCACAGCCGGAAAGCCAAUGUGAUGGUGGCAUCUCACAACGAGGACACGGUGAAGUUCACCCUGCGCAGGAUGAUGGAGCUUGGGAUCCAUCCCUCGGAGAAGAAGGUGUAUUUUGGGCAGCUGCUGGGCAUGUGUGACCAGAUCACCUUCCCCCUGGGUCAGGCUGGCUUCCCCGUCUACAAGUACGUGCCCUACGGCCCAGUGAACGAGGUGCUGCCCUACCUGUCCCGGAGGGCCCAGGAGAACAGGGGCUUUAUGCAGAGGGCGAACCGGGAGCGGGACCUGCUCUGGAGGGAGGAGAAGCGGCGGCUGCUUGCAGGCAGCCUCUUCUGA